GCUUGCCUUACUAUGACAGACAUGGAAGGAACAUCUGCAUCUCCUACACAUCAGAAUGGUGAUAUUCCUGGAACUGCGAAUUCUGUGAAGCAGACAGAGCCAGUCCUUCAGGUGUAUCUUUACCAUUCCCUUGGGAAAGCUGAAGAAGAUUACCUGAGAUUUCCAACUGGGGAGUAUGUCGCUGAAGAAAUUUGUAUUGCUGCAUCUAAAGUUUGUGGUAUCACACCUGUGUAUCAUAAUAUGUUUGCUUUAAUGAGUGAAACAGAAAGGAUUUGGUAUCCACCCAACUACGUCUUCCAUAUAGAUGAGUCAACCAGGCACAAUGUACUCUACAGAAUAAGGUUUUACUUUCCUCACUGGUAUUGUCAUGGCAGCAACAGAACCUACCGGCAUGGAAUAGCUCGAGGUGCUGAAGCUCCUCUUCUGGAUGACUUUGUCAUGUCUUACCUGUUUGCACAGUGGCGGCAUGAUUUUGUGCAUGGAUGGAUAAAAGUACCUGUGACUCAUGAAACACAGGAAGAAUGUCUUGGGAUGGCAGUGUUAGAUAUGAUGAGAAUAGCCAAAGAAAAGGAUCAAACCCCACUGGCCAUCUAUAAUUCUAUCAGCUACAAGACAUUCUUACCAAAAUGUGUUAGAGCAAAAAUCCAAGACUAUCAUAUUUUGACAAGGAAGCGAAUAAGGUACAGAUUUCGCAGAUUUAUUCAACAAUUCAGCCAAUGCAAAGCCACUGCCAGAAACUUGAAACUUAAGUAUCUUAUAAAUCUGGAAACGCUUCAGUCUGCCUUCUACACAGAGCAAUUUGAAGUAAAAGAACCUGGAAGAGGUCCUUCAGGUGAGGAGAUUUUUGCAACCAUUGUAAUAACUGGAAACGGUGGAAUUCAGUGGUCAAGAGGGAAACAUAAAGAAAGUGAGACACUGACAGAACAGGAUUUACAGUUAUAUUGUGAUUUUCCUGAUAUUAUUGAUGUCAGCAUUAAGCAAGCAAACCAAGACAUCUCUAAUGAAAGCAGAGUUGUAACAAUCCAUAAGCAAGAUGGUAAAAAUCUGGAAAUUGAACUUAGCUCAUUAAGAGAAGCCUUGUCUUUUGUGUCACUGAUUGAUGGUUACUAUAGAUUAACUGCAGAUGCACAUCAUUACCUCUGCAAAGAAGUAGCACCUCCAACAGUACUUGAAAAUAUACAAAGCAACUGUCAUGGCCCAAUUUCAAUGGAUUUUGCCAUUAGUAAACUGAAGAAAGCUGGUAAUCAGACUGGAAUGUACGUACUUCGAUGCAGUCCUAAGGACUUUAAUAAAUAUUUUCUCACGUUUGCUGUUGAGCGAGAAAAUGUCAUUGAAUAUAAGCACUGUUUGAUUACAAAAAAUGAGAAUGGAGAAUACAACCUCAGUGGGACUAAGAAGAACUUCAGUACUCUUAAAGAUCUUUUGAAUUGCUACCAGAUGGAAACUGUUCGUUCAGAUAGUAUAAUUUUCCAGUUUACAAAAUGCUGUCCCCCAAAGCCAAAAGGUAAAAUAAUUGUCUAAUCAAACCUUUUAGUCUUCAGAACUAAUGGUGUUUCUGAUGUACCAACUUCACCAACAUUGCAGAGGCAUAAUAAUGUGAACCAAAUGGUGUUUCACAAAAUCAGAAAUGAAGAUUUGGUAUUUAAUGAAAGUCUUGGCCAAGGCACUUUUACAAAAAUUUUCAAAGGUAUAAGAAGAGAAGUAGGAGACUAUGGUCAAAGGCAUGAAACAGAGGUUCUUCUAAAAGUUCUGGAUAAAGCACAUAGAAACUACUCAGAGUCUUUCUUUGAAGCAGCAAGCAUGAUGAGCCAGCUUUCUCACAAGCAUCUGGUUUUAAAUUAUGGAGUAUGUGUCUGUGGAGAGGAAAAUAUCCUGGUUCAAGAGUUUGUGAAAUAUGGAUCACUAGAUACAUAUUUAAAAAAGAAUAAAAAUUCUAUAAAUAUAUUAUGGAAACUUGAAGUGGCUAAACAAUUGGCAUGGGCCAUGCAUUUUCUAGAAGAAAAAGCCCUUAUUCAUGGGAAUGUGUGUGCCAAAAAUAUUCUCCUUAUCAGAGAAGAGGACAGGAAGACAGGAAAUCCUCCUUUCAUCAAGCUUAGUGAUCCUGGCAUUAGUAUUACAGUUUUACCAAAGGACAUUCUUCAGGAGCGAAUACCAUGGGCCCCACCUGAAUGCAUUGAAAAUCCUAGAAAUCUAAGCUUGGCAACAGAUAAAUGGAGUUUUGGUACCACUUUGUGGGAAAUCUGCAGUGGAGGAGAUAAGCCUCUAAGUGCUCUAGAUUCCCAAAGGAAGCUACAGUUCUAUGAAGACAGACACCAACUUCCUGCACCAAAGUGGACAGAGUUAGCAAAUCUUAUAAACAAUUGUAUGGAUUAUGGACCAGAUUUUAGGCCUUCUUUCAGAGCCAUCAUACGAGAUCUUAACAGCUUGUUCACUCCAGAUUAUGAACUAUUAACAGAAAAUGAUGUGUUACCAAAUAUGAGGAUAGGUGCCCUAGGAUUUUCUGGUGCUUUUGAAGACAGGGACCCUACACAGUUUGAAGAAAGACAUUUGAAAUUUUUACAGCAACUUGGCAAGGGCAAUUUCGGGAGUGUGGAGAUGUGCCGCUAUGACCCUCUGCAGGACAACACUGGGGAGGUGGUGGCUGUGAAGAAGCUGCAGCACAGUACUGAGGAGCACCUGCGAGACUUUGAAAGGGAGAUUGAGAUCCUUAAAUCCCUGCAGCAUGACAACAUUGUGAAAUACAAGGGAGUGUGCUACAGUGCUGGCCGGCGUAAUCUGAGAUUAAUUAUGGAAUACUUACCAUACGGAAGUUUGCGAGACUAUCUCCAAAAGCAUAAAGAACGGAUAGAUCAUAAAAAACUUCUGCAAUACACUUCUCAGAUUUGCAAGGGUAUGGAAUAUCUUGGUACAAAAAGGUAUAUCCACAGGGAUUUGGCAACAAGAAAUAUAUUGGUGGAGAAUGAGAACAGAGUUAAAAUUGGGGAUUUUGGGUUGACCAAAGUUUUGCCACAAGACAAAGAAUACUAUAAAGUGAAAGAACCUGGUGAAAGUCCCAUAUUCUGGUAUGCCCCAGAAUCACUGACUGAGAGCAAGUUUUCUGUGGCCUCAGAUGUUUGGAGCUUUGGCGUGGUUCUGUAUGAGCUUUUCACGUAUAUUGAGAAGAGUAAAAGUCCACCCGCGGAAUUUAUGCGUAUGAUCGGCAAUGACAAACAAGGACAGAUGAUUGUGUUCCAUUUGAUAGAACUCUUGAAGAAUAAUGGGAGAUUACCAAGACCAGAGGGAUGCUCAGAUGAGAUUUAUAUGAUCAUGACACAGUGCUGGAACAAUAAUGUAAAUCAGCGCCCUUCCUUCAGGGACCUAGCUCUUCGAGUGGAUCGAAUAAGGGAUAGCAUGGCUGGAUGA